AAACGCCACAAGGUGGCCCCGUGUUUCUGUUGUGCCGGGUGCUGUUCCACCUUCGCGGCGUCCCCAUUUGUGUCUGCGGCAGCGCGCUACAAUUCUCCGUAUAAAUCGCCGCCGUUCAUUAAAAAUUAACUUUAAAAAAACUCAUCCCUGGCGGGACGCGUUCUCAUCUGAGCACUAGCGUCGCAUUCCGCGACCCCCGUUUUGCCCGCCCGACCGAGCCGUCGUCGUCGCGUCGCGGGGGCCGCGCAGGAAAGCCGUAAAAAGCCUGGGCCUAACUAGCGCUGGUCGAAUUGUGCGAUCGUCUCACCCGCUCGCCUUCGUUGAUUGGAAAGUGAACAAGCUUCGCCACAGCUGUUCGCAGUAAUGUCAGGCGUUACUCGUGAAAGCGUACCCGUUUAAAACUCGCAGGCUGCAAACGCUUUCAUUUGCCGUACUCACAAUUGCGUGGUGGUGGUGGGGGGCACAGUUAACUUUUAAUGGGGCUGCGCUGUUAGGCGUUGUGUGUGUGUGUUUUGUGUCGGGGUUGUCGUGAUGCGAUGUCUCUUUGAGUCGGUUCACGCUCUUUAAUUGGGUGAAACCAUGGCCGGUGGUGAUCAGACAAGUCCAAUAAGCGUCAUUCUCGUGAGCUCGGGCAGUCGGGGCAACAAACUGCUCUUUCGUUACCCGUUCCAACGUCAGAAAGAGCAGUUCCAGGCUGCCACUAGCAAGCACAGGAGCCCGUUUGCACUGCACACACCCAGCGAACCCGAGGACCAGGAUGGAGACGUGAGAGAGCAAACCGCUUCUGUAAGUGAGAGUGAUGAGCAGGUGGUAGCAGGGUUUUCUGAUGUUAUUCUGGCCACAAUCUUGGCGCCCAAGUCUGAGCUGUGUGGCAAGCGGUUUGAGCUGAAGAUUGACAAUGUCCUCUUCGUGGGGCACCCGACCCUCCUGCAGCACUCGCAGCUGCCACAGGUUUCCAAGACAGAUCCAUCUCCCAAACGAGAAACUCCAACUAUGAUCCUGUUCAACGUGGUGUUUGCGCUGAGAGCCCACGCGGACCCGUCGGUGCUGGGCUGCAUGCACAACCUGUCGCGACGCAUGGCGGUGGCACUGCGGCAUGAGGAGCGGCGCUGCCAGUACCUGACACGGGAGGCCAAGCUGAUGCUGGCCGUGCAGGACGAGAUCUCUGCCCUGCACGACGGCAGUCCUCCGCCUUCUCCCUUCCACCACAUCCUGCCUAAAAGCAAGCUGGCUCGGGACCUAAAGGAGGCCUAUGACAACCUCUGUUCCACAGGUUUGGUGCAGCUAUACAUCAACAACUGGCUGGAAGUCAGCUUCUGCCUGCCUCACAAGGUGCACAAAAUCAGCAACAACUACAUCUCGCCCGAGGCAAUAGAAAGGAGCCUAAAGUCAAUACGUCCCUACCAUGCGCUGCUAUUGCUGGGUGAGGAGAAGUCGCUGCUGAGUCAGUUGCCGGCCGACAGCUCCCCGUCGCUGGUGCGGCUCAUCAAAGUGACGUCACCCAUGAAGACGCUGCAGCAGCUGGCGCAGGAUGCUGACCUAGCAUUGCUGCAGGUGUUCCAGCUGGCGGCGCACCUGGUGUACUGGGGCAAAGCCACCGUAAUCUACCCACUGUGUGAGACCAACGUCUAUAUGCUGUCGCCCAGCUCCAACACGUACAUACACUCGCCGUACUCGGAGCAGUUUGCGCAACAGUUCCCUGGGUGCGAGCUGUCCACCACCCUGACCGAGUUCUCCCUGCCUACGCCGCUUGCGGAGCACCGUAACCCGCUUGGCACACCGGUGCAGCAGACCCAGCUGGUGCACACGGUGAUGUGGAUGCUGCAGCGGAGGAUGCUGAUGCAGCUGCACACGUACGUGUGCCUGAUGGUGCCUGCUGGCGAAGAGAGCGCCAGCUCCAGCGGGGGAAGCGGCGGUGGUGGUGACGGCGAGCUGCAGUGUGCGGGUGGCGUGGCGCGUGCAAUUGCCUGUGCCUUCUCGGCGCCCACCGCGCUUGUCUUCGGCUCCCCACCGAGCAGCGAUGAUCUUACCCUGACGAGUCCCAGCCUCGAAGCGUCGAGCGUGGAGCUGGGCGCGUGCGGCGAGGACUCACCCGUGAACCGGCGCGUCACCGAGAACCUGUUGGCCAGCCUGCCCGAGCACGAGCGCAGCUGCAUUAACGCCGUGCCCGCCGCUCACAACCCCGAGGAUCUGCGGCUCUUCGCAAGGCUGCUGCCAUACUUCCGAGGACACCACCAUCUGGAGGAAAUCAUGUACCACGAGAACGUGCGGCGUUCCCAGCUACUCACGCUCAUCGACAAGUUCCGCAGUGUGCUGGUGGUGCUCACUCACGAGGACCCCAUCAUCUCUAUCUUUCACUCGCCCACAGAGUGACUAACCCGACUGGAAUAUCUGCACGAACCACCGAGCAACUCAUGCGCGGCUCAAACCGCACGUCCUGCGGUCCUGCACUCGUCGAGAGCCUAUUCCCGCAUUCAGAUCCUGAGAGGACCUGCAUGAUGUUUGUUUACCAAGGCAUUUAUCAAAAAUACUGCCUUAAAAAGAAAAAAAUAUAUAAUCAACAAGUAUUCGGGUAGUGGCGUAUCUUUGUAUAAAAUACAUUUUCAUAAUGGGUUAAUUGAAUGCCAACUAAUUCGGCAAAUGUGUUAGUUCAUCUGAGCAGCUCAGAUUGUCCUCUAUGGGCGAUAGCCAUAUGAUAUAGUUGAAUGUGUUUGCAGUAACGACGACUCUGUUUUAGUUACAUUGACAAUAUAACUGAGGUGUAUUACUCAGUCAUGGUUCUAAGCUGUGCUCCACAAUCACUUUUCAUGGCUUUACCACUUGCUGAGUGAACUCCUGUCACCUCAAUGCAUACGAUUUAACACGAAAUUUUAUUUUAUUAUUUAACUCUUCCAUUAGAAGUACAAAAUUAUGCGUGCCCACGGGAUUGUGGUUAAUACGCAGAUACGAUUGGAAUUGUUGUAUAAGUGCCAGUUACAUGAAGAUGCUUCAUGUGUUACAUGUCAAGAUUGAUGUUGCAGAAAUGUUACUGCCAAGCGUUUUGAUGUGUUUCAAAAGUAAAUGCUGCUGCUUUAACUACA